AUGGAGCAGCUUCAGAGGAAGUGUUUGGUUUUGAUCUGUGUUUACCGUAUUCAGCGUUUCCCCCUGAAAGGAUGUAAAGUGGUAAUCAGAGUUUGCUCCCAGUACUCCCGCGGUGUCUUCGCCAUCUUCGGCCUGUAUGAUAAGCGCUCGGUCCACACGUUGACGUCGUUCUGCAGCGCCCUGCACAUCUCCCUCAUCACGCCCAGCUUCCCCACGGAGGGCGAGAGUCAGUUCACUCUGCAGCUGAGACCCUCGAUCCGCGGGGCGCUGCUGUCGCUGCUCGACCACUACGACUGGAACAAGUUCGUCUUCCUGUACGACACCGACCGGGGAUACGCCAUCUUGCAGUCCAUCAUGGAGAAGGCGGGACAAAACAACUGGCAGGUCAGCGCCAUCUGCGUGGAAAGCUUCAACGACGCGAGUUACCGCCGGCUGCUGGAGGAUCUGGACCGGAGGCAUGAGAAGAAGUUUGUGAUCGACCUCGAGGCCGAGCGGCUGCAGAACAUGCUGGAACAGAUCGUCAGCGUGGGGAAACAUGUCAAAGGCUACCAUUACAUCAUGGCCAACCUGGGUUUUAAGGACAUUAAUCUGGAGCGUUUUAUGCACGGCGGAGCGAACGUGACGGGCUUCCAGCUGGUGGACUUCAGUAACCCCAUGGUCAUAAAGCUGAUGCAGCGCUGGAACAAACUGGACCAGAGGGAGUACCCCGGCUCCGACGCCCCCCCCAAGUACACGUCAGCGCUGACCUAUGACGGGGUGAUGGUGAUGGCCGAGGCGUUCAGGAAUCUCCGCCGGCAGAAAGUAGAUAUUUCCAGACGGGGAAACGCUGGCGAUUGUCUCGCUAACCCCGCCGCCCCGUGGAACCAAGGAAUCGAUAUGGAGCGCACCCUCAAACAGGUCCGGCUGCAGGGAUUAACAGGUAAUGUCCAGUUUGACCACUAUGGCCGCAGGGUCAACUACACAAUGGACGUGUUUGAGCUGAAGAAUAAUGGACCGCGACGGAUCGGCUACUGGAACGAUGCCGACAAACUGGUUCUGAUCCAGGACUCUCCGCUGCAUCCUAACGACACGUCUGGCAUCGAAAACCGAACCGUUGUAGUGACCACCAUCAUGGAGGGUCCCUACGUGAUGCUGAAGAAGAACUGGGAGAUGUACGAGGGCAACGACCAGUACGAGGGUUACUGCGUGGACCUGGCCUCGGAGAUCGCCAAACACAUCGGCAUCCGAUACAAGAUCUCCAUCGUUCCUGACGGGAAGUACGGAGCCAGGGACCCGGAGACGAAGAUCUGGAAUGGGAUGGUCGGGGAGCUGGUGUACGGGAAAGCGGAAAUCGCUGUGGCCCCAUUGACAAUCACGUUGGUCCGGGAGGAGGUGAUCGACUUCUCGAAGCCCUUCAUGUCGUUGGGUAUCUCCAUCAUGAUCAAGAAGCCCCAGAAAUCCAAACCGGGGGUGUUCUCCUUCCUGGACCCGUUGGCCUACGAGAUCUGGAUGUGCAUCGUGUUCGCCUACAUCGGCGUGAGCGUGGUGCUCUUCCUGGUCAGCCGCUUCAGCCCGUACGAGUGGCACACCGAGGAGCCCGAGGAGGGCACCGACGGUCCGCCCAGCGACCAGCCCCCCAAUGAGUUUGGCAUCUUUAACUCUCUCUGGUUCUCCCUGGGAGCCUUCAUGCAGCAGGGCUGUGACAUCUCCCCCAGGUCCUUAUCUGGUCGUAUCGUGGGGGGAGUCUGGUGGUUCUUCACCCUCAUCAUCAUAUCUUCUUACACCGCUAAUUUGGCUGCUUUCCUCACCGUUGAGAGGAUGGUUUCUCCCAUCGAGAGCGCCGAGGAUCUGGCCAAACAGACGGACAUCGCUUACGGGACUCUGGACUCGGGAUCGACCAAAGAGUUCUUCAGGCGGUCGAAAAUCGCCGUCUACGAGAAGAUGUGGGGCUACAUGAAGUCUGCCGAGCCCACCGUGUUCACGAAGACGACCGGAGAGGGAGUGGUUCGCGUCCGAAAGUCUAAAGGGAAAUACGCCUUUCUGCUGGAGUCCACGAUGAACGAGUACACGGAACAAAGGAAGCCCUGCGACACGAUGAAAGUGGGAGGGAACCUCGACUCCAAAGGAUACGGAGUAGCAACGCCGAAGGGUUCACAGUUAAGAAGCGCAGUUAACCUGGCAGUGUUAAAACUCAAUGAGCAAGGCCUGUUGGACAAAUUGAAAAACAAGUGGUGGUACGACAAAGGAGAGUGUGGCAGCGGAGGCGGUGGCGAGAAGGACAAGUCGUCCCAGGCUCUCAGUCUGAGCAACGUGGCGGGGGUCUUCUACAUCCUGGUGGGGGGUCUGGGCCUCGCCAUGCUGGUGGCGCUCAUCGAGUUCUGCUACAAGUCCCGCAACGAGGCCAAGAGAAUGAAGCUGACCUUCACAGAGGCCAUGAGGAAUAAAGCCCGUAUGUCCAUCACAGGAAGUGUCGGGGAGAACGGACGGGUUUUGACGCCCGACUGUCCGAAAGCCGUCCACACGGGACCUCCGAUCCGCCAGAGCUCCGGCCUCGCCCUCGUCUCCUCCGAACUCCCGUGAAAACCAAAAACCUCUCAAGUGCCUUAAAUCCUGAAACCAGAAAAAAAAAAUAACAAUAAUCACACCGCCAACGAAAACUACCAGAAACUUCUUCACUACCAAGAGAACCGGAAACGAGGGCGAGACGGAUCCGGGAAGUUAGAGGACAAACGAACGAUGAUUUUUUUUUUCUCGGAAAUCUACGGAAACCAGAAGCAGAACAAUCUAGAUUUUCUUUUUUUCUUUUUCGGGGAUGUUUGAAUCAAAAAGGAAAUCCAAUGGGAAUCCAAUGAGAAUCCAAUGGAGCCAUUCCCUGGUGAAGAGGAGCAGACGAGGAGGAAUAAUAUCAUGAAAUAUGAUAAAGACCAGAAAACUGUAAACUUGAAAAGUCUUUUUUUGGGAUUGCUGUGAAUCGGGAAUAUAAAAAAAAAAAACUGAACUUACAAUCAAGAUUGUUUUCAAAACAGAAUUUGCUCCACGGACUCGAGCAGAACUAGAUAUCAACACCGGGAGGACAGUAGCCCCGGUGAGGAGAAGAAUAAACACAUUUGUACUCAUAAUAACACAAAUCUAAUGAUAUUGAAUAUGUGAGCAAACAUAGGAGAAACUGUGAAGAUAAGUAAAUAUGUAUAUUCAGUGGAAAAAAUACUUUAGCUGUACAUAGAGACGACUGUGUAACAUGCUUGCUUUUUAAACAGAUGUACAUAGCAGUAGUGGACAGACGGACAGUGGUUUUUUUGUAAAAUCAUCUUUAAAUAAGAUUUUAUUAAUCGCAAUAAUGAAAAACAUGAUGAAGGAGUUAAAGUGUUAUGUGUUAUUGUAUUCUCUAAAUGUGAAAAGGGGGUAUCGACUGCCCAGAUACUCUGAUACCCAGAUUCAUUAAUAUAUUCAACGAUGAAUGUUAAAGUAGCUCCACCCCCAACCCUUAAAAACAGAAAACCCCCUCACUGUGUAGACCCAGAGAGACGCUUAUUAUGAGUAUUUAUAAACUUUCUGCCGUCAGAAUAUAACUAUUUUUCUCAUUCUUUGAUCUAUUUUUUGUACCGAGGAACUAAAGUGUCUGUCUCCUGGUUUUAAAUGUCCAAUAUGGGUGUAGAUCUUCAUAGAUGUGUGUGUGAGGCGAAAACUAUGAAGGGAAGAUGAUAAAAAAAAAGGCCCAUUUGUUUCUCAAUAUGUUAUUUCAAGUGUCUGUUUCCAGAGAAAGCUACUGGUUGUUUGUUGAUAAUAAAGUUAUUCCUUUAUUGAAACACUGUGGAUUGUGGGAGGCUGGACACACCGUAGCAGACAGUCCUUCCCACUGAAGUGUCCUCAUCUCUUUUUGUUUUUGGGACAAUCUGCAAUAGGAUACAAGAAGCCACAUCAGCAGCCGGCGACGAACAUGACGUCGUUUCUAGAUGUUUUCCGUUUGAAUCCCAAAAGGCAGGAGGAAACUGUUGGAGAUAUUUCAGGUCAUGCCUUUGUUUGUCCUGCCAUCCGUCUGUUUAGAGCUGAAGAGUAAUAUGCCAUCCGUCUGUUUAGAGCUGAAGAGUAAUAUGCCAUCCGUCUGUUUCGAGCUGAAGAGUAAUAUGCCAUCCGUCUGUUUCGAGCUGAAGAGUAAUAUGCCAUCCGUCUGUUUCGAGCUGAAGAGUAACAUGGCGUCUUCUUUUGAGGUUUUAAUUGUACAUCUUUAUUUUGAUCUUUUUUAAGUAAAAAAAACAAAUUUCAAAAUGCGUGUUAGUGUCGUCUUUUAAUGGAAGUUAAGUUUCUUCAAAUGUUUUCAGCACACGAUACAAUAUACUACGUUUUCUGACAUAUUGUCACGUGACUUUUU